AUGCCGCCAGGGCACGAGGUUGGUGUUUUGAUGAGGCAAAGCAUUAUAGAGUCACCUCUAUGGAACUCUCUCAUGUAUGAAGUGGCAGAUAUUCUGAAUGUUAGCAUUGGAUCUGAGAAUGUCGAAGGCGAAUUUGACGCUAAUACCUGUAAUCAUGACUCUCUCACCCCAUCCAUCUUUCUACAACUCAGAUGCAACUUAUUUAACAAAAUCUCAGAUGAUUUUGCCUAUCUCUCCGUCAAUGAAUUGAGCCAUCUCGCAGUCACUUUCCGGUGUUGGACACCUAACCCACGUAUUCACUGCGAUACCCUCAUGGACUACUUCCAAUACACCUUCACUUCACUCAUAGUUAACUUGGAGUAUAAGUUUCCGCUUGUAUUUUCUGUCUAUGGCAAACGUCUUGUGAAGGUAAAUUACAGUAACUUAGUUCGGUCCACUUUAGAGUUAGCUACCCCUCUAGAUGGAAGUUCUACUCCGGAUCACAAUAUGGUCCUCUCUCAAGUCCUACGCAAGCUUCAAUCUUUCAUUCUCUAUGAAUACAACACACUCAACAUCAUGAUGGAAUGUGACACGAACAAAUAUCGUUCCAAAAUGUGCAAGGAGUCAAUGACUACUGGGAAAUGUGAUUUUGCUUUGAAAUCUUUGAAGAAUUCUGCCUUCUGUCUAAGGGUCCCAGCUUCGCACUCCCCAAGCGACUUUGUAUAA